AUGCCGUCUGCACUCGUUACGGGUGCAACUGGAUUCUUGGGCCGUCAAGUGCUCAAAGUCUUUUCAGAUGCUGGCUGGAAGGCAACGGGCACUGGUUUUAACCGUGCGUCCGAGCCAGUCCGCAAAGUGGACAUCCAAAAUGCAGAUGCCGUCAGCAAGCUGUUUGAUGAGGUCAAACCUCAAGUUAUCAUCCACUGCGCCGCAGACAGACAGCCGGACUCGUGCACGCGAAACCCAGAAGCCGCUCACAGGCUGAACGUCACAGCAACGGAGCUCCUCGCCUCUUGCGCAGCGAAACACGAUGCCUUCUUCAUCUACAUCUCCACAGACUACGUCUUCCCGGGUAUCCAGGGUCAAGCCCCGUACAAGUCGACCGACCCUCCCAAACCCACCAACAUCUACGGACAGACCAAGCUCGAUGGUGAGACUGCGGUCCUCAAAUCCCCCAACACGGUAGUAUUGAGGGUUCCCGUGCUGUAUGGCCCGACCUCUCCGAAGGACAACAAUAAAGAGUCGGCGGUAAACGUCCUGAUGGACAGCCUAUGGAAGUCGCAGAACGAAAAGGUGAAAAUGGACGACUGGGCAAUCCGCUACCCGACAAACGUGGAAGAUGUGGCUAGAGUGUGUUGGGACAUUGCCAAACUCUACACCGCUUCACCGCAGCCGGAGAAGCUUCCACGCAUCCUGCAGUUCUCGAGUGAAGAUCGCAUGACAAAAUACGAAAUCACCCAGAAAUUUGCAGAAAUCAUGGGCCUGCCUCUGGAUGGGAUUGUGCCCGACAAAGAUGGCGGCAAACCGGCACCGGACGGGACGCUGAGGCCGUUUGACUGUCACCUUGACACGAGCGACCUGCAGAAGUUGGGGAUCGACAUUUCGACGAUGGAUUUCGUGGCGUGGUGGAGAAGAUGGGUUGGUGCCUAUCGGCAUUAA